AUGAAAAAGGUAAUAUUAAGUUCGAUUUAAAUUCUUUUUAAAUAUAGUCUAGGAAUUUAAAAAUAUUAAAAAAAUUUAUAUUAAUUAAGAUAAUUAUAUAGUAAUUGUGUUAAAAUUAAUAAUGAUAAGAAUAAGUAUCAGUGA